AUGGGUUUCGGCACCUUCGACUGGAUCUGCGAGAAGUCCGCACUCCCUCUAUGCUACCUUCUGGGCACUCCCACCGAAUUCACGGCAAUCCACAAUCCCGCGUUGCUGCCAACAUGCUCCGCGAGGUCAAUUGAAGUGGGAAAUACAAUCAUCUUCCAAGCCGCCACGGAUUUUGCCCAUAUUGCGGCCCUAGGCAUGACCGCCAUCAUGAUCUUCCACGUCCGGUCGAAGUUUACAGCUGUUGGACGAAAAGAGAUCUUGACCUUCUUCUAUAUCUACACUCUAUUGACCAUCAUCAGCUUGGUAUUAGACGCAGGGGUCAUCCAAGCAACCAACAGAAGUGCGUUCCCGUGGUUCGUGGCGGUCCAAGACGGCCUGGUGAGUGCGCUAUGCACGAGCCUCCUGAUCAACGGCUUUGUGGGAUUCCAGCUGUAUGAAGAUGGCACGACACUCUCUGUCUGGCUCCUCCGGCUCGGCAGCCUGAUCAUGUUCAUCAUCAGCUUCGCCGUCAGUCUGCUCACGUUCAAGGGGUGGGCCGGUCUCUCGCCAACCAACACCACAGGCCUGUUUGUCGUUUUAUACAUCGUCAACGCUGUUUUCCUGGCAGUGUAUUUUGUCAUGCAAGUCCUGCUGGUGUUGAACACUCUGCAAGAUCGGUGGCCGUUGGGCGACCUCGCCUUUAGCGCGUUCUUCUUCAUUAUCGGCCAGGUGCUCGUGUACGUCUUUGGGAAGCAGAUCUGCGAAGGAGUCAGCCAUUAUCUCGACGCCUUAUUUUUCGCAACCGUCUGCAACCUGCUGGCGGUGAUGAUGAUAUACAAAUAUUGGGACAGUAUCACAAAAGAAGAUCUCGAGUUUAGCGUAGGCACUAAGCAAGGUCACUGGGAUGUCAAAGAGGCCUUGCUGGAACCCAGCGAUGAUUACCGGCCCAGCAUUUAUGGGGGUCUGGGUGGCCGAGAGAGCGUCUACGACAUGAGCAAUAUGGACUAUCAGCCUCAAGUCCCGCAGCUUCAAGCUCCCAAUCGAGACCGUGCAUCUGCGUACGGCAACCUGCUUGAGGGGAGACAAAGUUACGGUGAUGUGGGGCGGCAAAUGGGCAAUUAUGAGGAUUACGACUCUCAGCAGUCAGGGCUACGGGGCCGCGACAGAGACUAUGCCUAUUGA